CUGGGGAUCCGGGAGUUAAGUUAAGUGAAACACUCGUACUUACUCUGUCUUUCAUACGGAGUAGUUUCAUUUCGUGCACUCGCUUAGAUACACCUCCACCCAAGGAAGGAUGCAGUACAAGAAUCUGGGGAGAUCCGGCCUGAAAGUUUCCCAGCUCUCCUUUGGGGCGUGGGUAACCUUCGGCAACCAGAUCGACGUCAAGGAGGCCAAGUCCCUCCUCCAGUGCUGCCGCGACAACGGCGUCAAUUUCUUCGACAACGCCGAGGUCUACGCCAAUGGCCGCGCAGAGGAGAUCAUGGGACAGGCCAUCCGGGAGCUAGGCUGGAAGCGCUCCGACGUCGUCAUCUCCACCAAGAUCUUCUGGGGCGGGUCGGGCCCGAACGACAAAGGGUUGUCCCGGAAGCACAUUGUUGAGGGAACCAAGGCGUCCCUCAAGAGGCUGGACAUGGAUUAUGUGGACGUGAUCUACUGCCACCGCCCGGACGCGAGCACGCCGAUUGAGGAGACUGUUAGGGCUAUGAACUAUGUGAUUGAUAAGGGGUGGGCUUUUUACUGGGGAACUAGCGAGUGGUCCGCUCAGCAGAUCACUGAGGCUUGGGGGGUGGCUCAAAGAUUGGAUCUUGUUGGACCCAUUGUUGAGCAGCCUGAGUAUAAUCUCCUCUCUCGCCACAAGGUUGAGUCCGAGUACCUCCCCCUGUACAGUAAUUAUGGCAUUGGUCUGACCACAUGGAGUCCACUUGCUUCUGGAGUGUUAACAGGAAAGUAUUCCUCUGGAAACAUUCCACCUGAUAGUAGAUUUGCACUGGAAAAUUACAAGAAUCUCGCCAACAGGUCAUUAGUGGAUGAUGUAUUGAAGAAAGUGAAUGGAUUGAAACCAAUUGCCGAUGAAUUGGGUGUGAGUUUGGCUCAACUUUCAAUUGCGUGGUGUGCUGCAAAUCCUAAUGUUUCAUCUGUUAUUACUGGCUCCACCAAAGUAUCUCAGAUCCAAGAGAACAUGAAGGCUAUCGAUCUCAUUCCAAAGCUGGCACCUUUUAUGGAUAAGAUCGAGUCUGUUGUUCAAAGCAAACCAAAGCGUCCAGAUUCAUAUCGAUAAGAAAAAAAAACGAUUACCCUUGCCCUGGCUUUUUAUCAUAGCAAUGUAGGGACUGUAUAUGCUGCGAACUGGAUAUCCUUACUCAUACUGCCUUUGGCAUUUUACUCUGAGAUUUGCAUUGACUUGAGUUGACUGUUGGGAUUUUAUAGGUCUGUACUUUGUAAUUUGUAUUCCGAACUGCUCCGCGCGCCACCUUUGUGGCUGGGCGCACCAACUUUUGGUCAAAGAAGGACAAUUGUAUCCUUAGUCAAAUAUUGCAGGCUUCCUAAUUUUGCUCAGCGCACCCCUAUUAUCUUUACGUAAAACGGAG